AUGGCAGCACCCGUGAUGACCGUCUCCGAGACAAAGGACCUCCGUGGUCUGAACCUCAUCGCAGCCCAUUCCCACAUCCGUGGCCUCGGCGUCGAUGCCGAUACCCUUGAGCCCCGCGCUGCCUCCCAGGGCCUCGUCGGUCAGGAGAAGGCGCGCAAGGCUGCCGCCGUCAUCCUCGAGAUGAUCAAGCAGGGCAAGAUUGCCGGCCGAGCUGUCCUCAUCGCAGGGCCUCCCAGUACCGGCAAAACCGCCAUCGCCAUGGGCAUGGCCCAGUCGCUUGGCCCCGACGUUCCCUUCACGUCCCUAGCCUCCUCCGAGAUCUUCUCCCUCGAGAUGUCCAAGACGGAAGCGCUGACCCAAGCCUUCCGCAAAUCCAUCGGUGUUCGCAUCAAAGAAGAGAGCGAGAUCAUGGAGGGCGAGGUUGUCGAGAUCCAGAUUGACAGGAGUGUCACCGGUGGCGCCAAGCAGGGCAAGCUGACCAUCAAGACGACUGACAUGGAGGCCAUCUACGACAUGGGAAGCAAAAUGAUUGAUGCCAUGACUAAGGAGCGUGUCAUGGCCGGCGACAUCAUCUCGAUAGACAAGUCCUCGGGCAAGAUCACCAAGCUCGGCCGGUCCUACGCCAGAUCCCGCGACUACGAUGCCAUGGGUGUCGAUACCAAGUUCCUCCAGUGCCCCGAGGGCGAGCUGCAGAAGCGCAAGGAGGUCGUGCACACCGUUACCCUGCACGAGAUUGAUGUCAUCAACUCGAGGACGCAGGGCUUCCUCGCCCUGUUCAGCGGCGACACGGGCGAGAUCCGCAGCGAGAUUCGAGACCAGAUCAACACAAAGGUAGCUGAGUGGAAGGAGGAGGGCAAGGCCGAGAUUGUCCCCGGUGUUCUCUUUAUCGACGAGGUCCACAUGCUCGACAUCGAGUGCUUCUCGUACAUCAACCGGGCUCUCGAGGUCGACCUGGCCCCUAUUGUCAUCAUGGCCAGCAACAGGGGGCAGUCUCGCAUCCGAGGAACCGACUACAAGAGCCCCCACGGCCUUCCCCUCGACUUCCUCGACCGAACCGCGAUCAUCACCACGCACGGCUACACGCCCGAGGAGCUGAACAAGAUCCUCUCCAUCCGAGCACAGGAGGAGGAGAUUGAAUUGAGCCCGGAUGCCCUGGCACUGCUUACCAAGAUUGGCCAAGAGGCCGGCCUGCGAUACGCCAGCAACCUGAUCACUACCUCACAACUCAUCAGCGCAAAGCGGCGCGCGACACAGGUCAGCGUCGAGGACGUUCAGAGGAGCUUCAAGCUCUUCUACGACCCCAGCAGGAGCGUCAAGUUCGUCACCGACUCUGAGAGGCGGUUGAUUGGGAACGACGGCGGUGUCGACUUCACCAUAACCAACGGCCAUGCUGCACCUGCCGCACCUGGCGCAGCUACUGCACCUGCUGCACCUGCUGCACCUGCUGCACCUGCUGCACCUGCUGCCGACAGAAUGGACGUGAGCUGA